AGGGAAUUCUCGUUGAGAACAGCGAAAAAAUGAGGCGUUUGUGUGUUUAUUAUCAGUCGUAUAUUCAGUGGUAUUUCCUCAUGAGAGAAAGUGAAUGUUUUAGUGUUUUUUAGAAGUACGUAAGAAGAUAUACAUAUAUUAUAUUCGUAGGUGAUUUUUUUGUAGUUUAUUGAAAGGGAAGUCAGUAAUUUGUUGCAAAAGAUGACUGAAAGUGUACCCUUUUAAAGUUUUAAAAAUGCAGUAAGCAAUCACAUACUGGUAGUCGAUGUUUUGAUAGACAGGAACACUGAUAAAUGAAAGGAGGUCGUUAAGCUCGUUUGUUUAGCAUUUUGUAAGGCAUAAGGGAUCCGACAGUCUCGUCCAUCAGUUUCUUAAAGGAAAUCAGACUUCAUCCUCUCUAAUGAGUACUUUGUCCGAUAUUUCCACAAUACAUACCUGAUUUUUGUGUGUUCCGUGAGAAAUUUUAAAAUGCGUCCCAGAUUUUAUUCACACCUUAAAAACCUGGUCCUUCUGAGCAAAUUAACGCACAAGCUUCUCAUACUGUGAAAUGUGUAAACACUGUGCUGUUUCAUUUCUCUGAACUGAAAGGCACAGUUUUUUAAGUAUUCGAGAAUGAGAGCUUGUGUUAUCUAAAUACUUAAGUUUUGUUUUUUUAUAUAGUACGUAUUUUAUAUUUAAUAAAAGCGUCAGUCAUGUACUAUAUCUGCCUUUGCUGUUGUUAUGCUAUUUAAAUUUUAACAUGACUAGAAUUGUACUAAUUUGAUUUACAUGUAUUAGGAGUCCCACCUGAAGACAUGUGGCAGCAAAUAUGAACCACCAGCAUCACUACACAGCAGACCAAGUGAUUAUUAUGCAGUUGAAUUAAGGUAAACCACACAGAAGUGAACAGCACGAUGUCUUCUGACACAAAUGAUGUCGCAGACCUCGCCAAAGAAGUGGGUAAAGAUACCGAGCGAAGACCUUCCGAAAAUCAGCAAAAUGAUGUCCAAGCAGGACAGACACAGUCUCUCUCAAAGCGGCAAAGGAAGAGGUUACUAAGGAACCAACAAUGGGAAGAACAGCGGGACCUUCGGAAACAGAGGCGCAAGGAGAAGAAACAGAAGAGGAAGCUCGAGCGUCAGAAUCAGGCGGAGGAUGGCGUUGACGGAGGCUUCAGGAAACGGGCGCGGAGAGAGGCCACGCCCAGCGCCCUGCGGCUGGUGGUGGACUGCAGCUUUGACAGCCUCAUGAUGCUGAAGGAUGUGAAAAAGCUCCACAAGCAAAUUCAGAGGUGCUAUGCUGAGAAUCGCCGGGCACUGCACCCUGUCCAGUUUUAUCUCACCAGCCACGGUGGACAGUUAAAACAGAACAUGGACGAAAGCAACAAAGGAUGGGUUAAUUGGAAGGACAUCAACAUCAAGUCGGAGCAUUUCAGUGAAAUCUUGAACAAAGAAGAUCUGGUGUAUUUAACAUCUGACUCGCCAAAUGUGCUACAGGAGCUGGAGGAGUCAAAAGCUUAUGUUAUUGGAGGACUUGUGGACCACAAUCACCAUAAGGGAAUUACCUAUCAGAAGGCUCAGGACCUGGGGAUCAACCAUGCUCAGCUUCCGCUUUGCAACUUUGUGAAGAUGAACAGCCGAAAGGUUUUGGCAGUUAACCAUGUGUUUGAGAUCAUACUGGCGUACUUGGAGAAGAAAGACUGGAAGGAGGCCUUCUUCACCGUCCUGCCUCAGCGGAAAGGUGCAGUGCCAGUGGGACAUGAGGGCAGCCUGGCUCAGGACACCUCUCCGGACAAAGGCGAAGAGCAGGAGUCGCUCGACUCGGACAGUGACUCAGAAACAGGCAACACUGUCGCACCAAACUCUGACGCUGAUGUGCAGAGCAAACAAGGAAAACAAGACCAGAGCUACGAGGAAGUGAGCCGCAACAAUUCGGAAGAGUCACCCAGGGAAGGAACCGCAGCAUAGGCAAACAACGCUAUAGAGACCCUGAACAUUUUCUUUUUCAAUAAGUAGCAGAUAUUCACAGAGUUGUAUUUACUGAAUCUACAGAAUGAGGGGCUAUUUUUUUGUUUGUGACAUGAAUUAAGGAACACGAGCAACAAAAUGUGUGGUGCCUGUAGUGCAUUUGUUGACCUGCCUUAUACCUGAUUUUUAAUAUAUGCAUUCAUGGGCCAUGAAUUUCCUGUACAUGCAAGCAAAAGAAUUUAUCUUCUUUUGGAUCUUCUGCAAAGGUGCUGAAGUGUUGUGGUUCCAUUUAUCUUUGAUUUUUAACUUAAAAUGAUUGAUUUGUUUAACCUCUCUUUAAAAUUAUUUGUAUGUAAUUUGUGUUAUUUUAAUACUGCCAAUUUAUGUUAAGAACUUGCUUGUACAGUGUACAACAAAGACAUUGGCUUAAGUCACAGAAAAGACUUCUUCCAGUUAUUCUUGAAGUAAUUUUGAGUACAGUGAUAGCUAAGGUUAUGAUGUAUUCCCAAUUGCCAUAUAUAAUUAAGCCAUGUUACAGGCAAUAUAUCAAUGAGCCUAUUGGUUGUUUUAAACCUGUUAUUUUCUUGACAUCAGUCCUGAACAUUUUUUAUAUUGUAAAUAUCCACCUUCAUAAUAAUCAAAACUGCAUAAAAAGUAAGCAUUCUGCCAUGCAGAAGAGAAAUAUACAAUAAUAUUCUGAAAAUAAAACAUUUUUAAUCUAUAUGGGAUACUGCUGAGAUAUUACUUAUAAAGUUGUUGACUAUAAAGUAGUAGAAAAGGAUGAUCCAUUCACCCCCUUCUAACCCCUUCUUCCAAUUUAGGGUCAUGGAAGAGCCAGAGCCUAUCUUGGCAAGCAACAGGCAUCAUAAGCCAGACAGAGACACAGAUAUACACACACUCACACCUAGGCCUAAUUUUCCCAGAAGCCACUAAACUUAUCAGUAUGUCCUUGGAGUGUGGGAGGAAACUGGAGCACCUGGGGGAGAACAGACAAACUCCACACAGAGAUCACCCCAGGUCUCAGGCUGGGGCCCCAGUGCUGCAAGGCAGCAGUAGUAACAGCUGUGCCACCAUACUGCCCAAGAAGGUUUAUUUCAAAUUAAAAAUACUGGGGAACAAAAGCUCAAAUAAGAAUAUGUUCUAUUUCUGCCAGAAUUCUUCUAUAGCCUAUGAUAUGUUAUUUGAAUUUCAUCACUGAUAAAAUAAUUUGCAUUUAAGAUAAUAUGGAUGCAGCUAUUUUUAACAUGGUUUCGAUGCUUUGAAUGAGUUCUAAGAAAGAAUAUUUUCUACUCAGAGCAUUGUUUUGCCAAGGUUUCCCAGUUCGUAUGACCAUGUCUGUAUGAGUUCAUAAAUAUUUGGUUUGGGGGUGGCACUAUAUAUGUAGCAUAGCACUUGUCAUGGAAGAAGUAAAACGCAAAUCUAAAUCUAAACUCAGAUGUUGCUAUCCAUCAAAAUAAAAUGGCUUCCAAAAAAUGA